CGGGUGACGUCACGGACACUACGUCCAUGUUUUUAUACAGUCUAUGAGUUGAAGGAGCGUCACUUUGUCCCCACUGGUCCACAUACCCGCCCCCCCCGCAUGGCUUCACUUGCUGGUGUCUCAGACCGCGUCUCUAUAUCCCCAGUCCUGCACACCUUCAUGCUGGGGUCUCAGGCCUCUCACAGACUGACCAAUGACUGCCUGGAUUGUUCUGCCUGUCAGCCUGUCCGCUUUCUCCAUCACAGGGAUAUGGAUUGUUUACGCCAUGGCAGUUGUGAACCACCAUGUCUGUCCUGUUGAGAACUGGUCAUACAAUUUGACAUGUACAGAGGAAACGGCUAAGAGGGGCUUCCCAAAAACCUGCUGUACUCUUCAAGACAUCCCCCUCAUCAGUAAAUGUGGAUGCUAUCCACCAGAGAGCUGUCUCUUCAGUUUGACUGGCAAUGUUGGGGCUUUUAUGGUGGUUAUGGUGUGCAUGCUGCGUUAUGCUCAAGUGAUUGAACACAGCCAUCAUUGCUGGACCAACACAAGUGCUUUGGUGUCCGGCUGCAUUAAUGCCCUGGGUUUGGUCAUGGUGGGCAACUUUCAGGUCGAUCAUGCCAAGACGCUUCAUUAUGUGGGAGCGGGUGUAGCUUUCCCUGCCGGCUUGCUGUUUGCGUGUCUGCAGUGCGUUCUGACGUACCGUAUAGCAGAGACAGCGCUGGACUACUGGAUGGCUCAUGUGCGCGUGGCUCUCUCAGCUGGAGCUCUGGUUUCGCUUGUCCUCAGUGGUAUGUUCUUCAUCCAUGAAAGUUUUGUAUUGCAGCAUGCCGCAGCCAUCUGUGAAUGGGUCUUCACUGUCUUGGUCCUGGUGUACUACGGCACCUUCACCUAUGAGUUUGGCACUGUCAACAGCGAUACCAUGAUGGCGGCCUUAAUGAAGCGCAGUCAACAUCACCAUCCAGGGUCAGCGGUCAUCAUGGGGGGUAUCGGGAAGGGUGUGGCAAUGGGAUGUGGUGCCCGCAGUCUCAAGUCCCCCGGAGGCAGCAGCACUUCCACACACCUCAACUGUACACCAGAAAGCAUCGCCAUACUUUAGGGGUUAACCGCUACGAUAUUCUCUCAGACCUCAGCGCAUAGACUCAGAACUCUUCAUCGGGCUCACGAAUUUGUGAAAAACUGGUACAAGCAAUACGGAAUUACUUGUGAGGUUACAGUACGUUUACAGACUUGCUGAUUAUAAUCUUAACAGUAAUGACCAGUUAGUCAUAACUAAGGUAUUUUGCUUGAUAUUUUGGGUUCAUGUGUAAGAUACAGCCCCAAUAACCAGCACAGACAAGUCCUUCACAUGAUUCGUGGGGCCUCUGACAAAUGUUUUAAUUUUACUAUGUUAAAUCUGCAAUAACCCAUCUCAUCAGGGAUGAUGUAUUAUGUAGGCCUGGAAACUCGGAGUUAGCAUUUUAACACUUCUGGUUCCAUCGUCCCAAAUUAGUGGGUUUUUGGAUAAAUGCCUGAAAUAAGAUAUGUGGUGAACACAAGCUCAAGAUAUUUAACGUUUUAUGUUACAACAUAAAAUACAUAUGUAAUACCCCCUUGUGAUUAUCGUUUUUUAAAGGGAUAGUUCACCCAAAAAUGAAAAUUCUGUCAUUAAU